AUGAAGCUGUCUUUGACUUUCUUGACUUUGCUGUCUACAGCAUUGGCAUCUGCCCCGGCCCCAGUGGCAGUAGACAUCAACCUCGCUCAAACCUACCAGGAAAUCGAUGGUUUCGGAUUCUCUGAGGCUUUCCAGCGUGCCAAUGAUCUCUAUCAUAUGCCAGAAGCUGGUAGACGCAAGGCUUUGGAUUUACUCUUCCAUCCUACCAAGGGUGCUGGUUUCUCCAUUAUCAGAAAUGGUAUUGGAUCGUCUCCCAACUCGUCCAGUAACUGGAUGAACUCAAUUGAACCUGUUAGUCCUGGUGGUCCUAACAGUCCUCCUCACUAUGUGUGGGAUCGUAAUGACAGUAGUCAAUUCUGGUUUGCUCAACAGGCAGUAUCGUAUGGAGUCAAGACCAUCUAUGCCGAUGCCUGGAGUGCUCCUGGUUUCAUGAAGACAAACGACAAUGAAAAUUACGGAGGAUAUUUGUGUGGUGUUAGAGACACCAACUGUGCCAGCGGUGAUUGGAGACAAGCUUAUGCCAAUUACCUUGUGCAAUACAUUAAAUUCUACAAGGAGUCAGGUAUUGAUAUCACUCAUGUGGGAUUCCUUAAUGAACCCGAAUACAACCCCGGUGGAUACGCUGGUAUGUUGAGUUCCGGUUUCCAAGCAGCAGACUUCAUUAAGGUUCUCUACCCAACUAUCCAACGUGCCGGAUUGUCUACUCAAGUCAAGAUCGCCUGUUGCGAUUCUGAAGGUUGGGACAACCAAGUCAACAUGACUGCCGAGAUCCAACAAGAAAAUGUUGAGGAUCUUCUUGGAAUAAUCACAUCUCACUCGUACACGAGCUGGCCCACUUACCCCAUCAACACUAAGAAGAACGUCUGGAUUACUGAGAGCGCCGACCUCAACGGUCUGUUUGCUGCUCCCUGGUACAAUAACAGCGACGCGGCCGAGGGUCUUACCUGGGCUCAGAAUUUGCACACUGCUAUUGUUGACGGUCACGUCAGUGCUUACCUUUACUGGGAAGGUGUUGAGGUUGCCAGUUCGUCGUCUUCUCACUUCAUCAAUGUUGCCAACGGCCAGCCCGUCACCUCUAGCAUUUACUGGGCCCUGGCUCAAUUCAGUCGUUUCAUCCGACCCGGUGCUGUCAGAGUAGGAACCUCGAGCGGAUCCUCGUCACUCAGCACCAGUGCCUACCAGAACAAGGAUGGCUCUCUCAGUGUCCAAAUCGUCAACAACGGAGCCGCCACGCCCAUCCAGCUCCAAGUCAGCUCCAGAUUCGGAAAGAACAACCUCGGCCUCAACUUCAAGGCCUACGUCACAGACAACUCGCAAAACAUUGCUCCUCUCGCUAUCAAAAGAAACUUUGACGGCACUCUCACCGUCAACGUCCCCGACCACUCCCUGGUCACCGUCACUGACCUGUGUUAA